AUGCAAGAGACACGGCCGGCCGCCAUGAAAAGCUCUCCUGAGCUGACGCAGCUGCUGAUGGAGAAGAGCGUGGAACCCAGGCUGCCCAUGUGGCUCUUCGUUGUGCAGCAGUUUCUGGCGGCAUCGGUGGCGGUGGUCAUUACCAUUCUGGACAACUUCCCCUAUGGCUUUCUGCUCUUUCCCAUGGCCAAAGAGCUCCAGGGCAUGGGCAUCUCAAUGGUGCUGCUGUCCGCGGCACUGGCGCAGGCGGUCUUUUCUGUGUCCUCAGAUUUGCCGGCGGGCCUGGGGUGCAUGAUUGUGGAGAACAUACCCAUGUUGCACUCCAUGGCGAAGACGGUGACAAUAUCUUUGGCCAACUCGCCCGAGAUGAUCAUCUCCACAGUGCUGGCGCUGUACAGUACAGCGUCUCUGCUCACAGCCAUCGCCUUUUUUCUACUGGGCUACUUCAACCUGGAAAGAGUGUUCAAGAUCCUGCCCAGACCGGUCUUGAUGGGGUGCAUCGCAGGUAUGGGUUUAUUCAUCCUUACUGCCGGCGUGGGUGCUUGUACUGGGAUUGCUUGGGAAUGGGACGAGGGCCAUUUGCUGCAGCAAGCAGGCUGCUGGCCCAAAAUCGCUUGCCUUUGUUGUUUGGAGGGGCUGCUGUUGAUCUUCUUGAAGUUGUGCAAAGGCAAGGACGUUGAGCCUUUUGUGCUCCCCUUGUUCUUCUUUGGCCUGGUCCUUUGCAGCUGGCUGGCACUAGUAUUCCUGAAAAUCCCGCACCGCAAUGCGCAGGCAGCAGGGUGGUUCUUUGAGGACACACCUGCUGCGGGGAGCCUACCUUUGCAGCUGUGCAGCUGGCGCCUCAUAGCGUGGCACGUGUUUCCGUCCCAGCUGCCGCUGCUCUGCGGCAUCGUGGUUUUCAGCUGCCUCCACGUCCCCGUGAACGUGCCGGCGCUGGCACAGGCCACUGGGCGCCGGGUGGACGUCAACAAGGAGCUGACGGCGCACGGCAUGGCUAACCUGGUGGCGGCAGGCCUUGCCUCCCUGCAGACCUACAUGGUCUACUCCUCCAGCCUUUUGUACUUCAGGUGCGGUGGUGGCUCCCGCGUCACCGGCUUCUGCAUCGCGCUGGCCGUGAUGGCUUGCAUUCCUCUUACCAGCAGCUUGAUUUGUUAUUUGCCCAGGAUGCUAGCGGGAGUGCUUUUGGGCCACCUCGGUGUUGAGCUGCUUUGGGAAUCCGUGGUGGACACCUGGCCACGCCUUGGAUGGCCGGACUAUCUCAUCGUCGUUUUCAUCGCAGGAGUCUGCAAUGUCAGCUUCAUCUAUGGCCUCAUGGUUGGUCUUCUUUGCGCCUGCGUGGCGUUUGUGGUGGAGGCCGCCAUGUCUGAUCCUGUGCGGUUUGCCUUCUAUCCAGGGAGAGGGUUGAGAUCGCGGAAGAUUCGGAGCCAGAGGGAGCUUCAACUCCUAGCAGACUUCGACCAGAAGGGCGGCUUUCUGGUGUUGAGACUGCAUGGUACGCUCUUCUUCGGCAACACGCAUUCGCUUCAAAAGCGGGUGCAGCAGGUGAGCUGUUUGGCAGUGAUUCUGGACUUUGCGCAGGUCAUCUCCAUGGAUUCAUCUGCCUUCAGUGAAGUGGAUAGCUUGGCUGGGGCCGUGCAGAGCCGUGGCAUCACAGUGAUUUGCAGCGGCUUGGGGGCUGAUGCUGCCAAGGUGAAGGGGCAUGUUCAUCUUAUGGCAGCCCAUUCCUUCCCAGACAUGGAGCACGCCGUGGAAGCCGUGGAAGAGAUGGCGCUGGCCUCGCCGAUGAUCCGCACUGCGGUGUCGAUGCCGGCACUGAGCAGUUGCGGCGGGCGCCAAGCCGCUGUUGCCCCCCAGGCAGCCGCCGACUUCUUCGUCGACGUUUGCGUCCGCCUGCUGGAGCCGCUGGGCUUUCAGGAGGAGACCGCCAUAGCGCUGCGGGACUACUUCGAGUUCCAGCAGGCACCGCUGGGGGCGGUGCUGUGGGCACCAGGGGAUCCGUCUGACUUUGCCUUCUUGCUGGUCUCCGGCCAUGUGGGAGUGCUGGAUGAUCGCUGUGAUCGCUUUGGCAGGACCGUGACGCGCUUCAUUGAGUGCAGCCUGCCUGGCCAGUUCACUGGGGAGCUGAACUUGUUUACGGGUGAGCCGCGGAAGAACAAGAUUGAGGCCACUGAAGACCUCACAUUCUGGACAAUUACCCAGAGCAGCUUGAGCAGUAUGCAGCAAGACGCGCUGCCCUUGGCCUUUGCGCUUCAGAGCAUUGCGCUGCGCUACGCUGCCCACAGGAUGUACCUGAGCAUGCUUGAUGGGCACGUGCAUACGGUUGGGUGCAUCUUGCGGGCCAACUUGCCACCUAGCAACGGCCGCGGAAGCUUUGCAAAGGCGGCGUUGCAGACCAGGGCCAAAGGCGAGCUAUGGAUGGCACGUGUGGAUGUGGACAAGGAGCUGCCAGAGCGUCGGGACCUGGAUGAGGAUAUCACAAAAGGCACGAAGCUGUGCCAAAGGGUGGGUCAUAUCGGCCAGCGUUCAGUCACCUCGAGCGAAAGGCCGGUGGGAAGCUCGCUGGAGUGCCCUCUGACGCGCACUGUGCACAGGCCCGUCGAGCUUAGCCCGAGCCUCGCGUUCGGAGUGCGGAAAACACUUGGACAGCUAUUGGCCGAACGACCGAGGCCCGGUCAGCUGCAGGCCCCUAAGAAGUCGGACGGUUACCCAGAAGCUGCUGUGGAGGUGGUGGGUGUGGAGUACGAUGAGGAGGGAGUUGGCAAGCACAACGGCGCUUACCAGGGCAAUCAGCUCUUCACCUGCCCGGACGGCCGCGGAAGCUUUGCAAAGGUGGAGAAGGUCGAGCUCGGCAUUUCCAUCCAGCACGCCAUUGCAGAGAAGUACUUCGCUGCAGCACUUCCUGAUGCAGCCAGGAAAAGUGCUCGCGAAGAGACCCUGGAUGCCAUGGAGUACGUGGACUCCAAGGGCCGGGAGAAGUCCAAAGCCGUGGAGUUUGUGGGGCGCUACGACAUCGAGCAGCGGCAGCAGCGAUUGGAGGGCUUCGUGGAGAUGUCGCUGGCGGAAAGCAACCUCGGGUCACGCUAUCCCGACAACGUUUGGGAGUGCGACUGGAGCCUUCCAAAUCUGAAGAGCCUUUGGUUGGACAAGACAUUGAUCGAUGACUGGGCAGAUCUCGCGGCCAUUUGUGAGCUGUGCCCGCACCUUGAGUGGCUGUCCCUGUCCAGGACUCGGCUGAAGGGCUGUCCUCCAAGAGUCCCCCUUCCUGCGGGCGCACCAACUGGCAUCUCGGAGCGCAUGGUGCUCACGCCCUUCGUGUGCAAGGUUCGCACGCUGAUCCUGAACUGCACCCGCAUUGCCUGGUCGGACAUCUUGGCCCUAGAUGCUGCGGGCUUGUUUCCUCACCUGGAGCAUCUCCAUGUGGCCCAAAACGGCUUGAGCGAGGGGAUCCCGCAGGAGUUGGACACGUCACAGCGGCAGCCGAUGCCGAAUCUGCAGUCGCUGGUUCUGGACAGCAACCAGAUCUCUGAUUGGACUGUCCUGCGCCGCGCCAUCAAAGCCUUCCCUUCUCUGCAGGCAUUGCAUCUCAACAGCAACCUGCUGGGAGAGAGCAUAGAGGGUCUUGCAGCCGCGGCUGCUGAUCAGUCGCCGAGACGCUUGACGGCGCUCUUCCUCAACGAGAACAAGUUGGCCUCCUGGCGCAGCAUCGGGGCGCUCGCCAGCUACGCGUUGCUGGAGCUCAAGGUUCAGAGAAUACCCCUCACAGAUGCCAAAGAGCCAUUGGCAUCGCCGAUGCUUUUGAGACAGAUUCUGAUUGCGCUGAUGCCAACACUUCUGCGGCUGAAUGCGUCCGAAGUGACGGUCAAGGAGCGAACAGCGGCUGAGCGGUACUUUUUGUCUGUGGCCCACCAAGACAGUCCUAUGGUGAAGGGACUGUCAGAGACGUGCAAUAUGUCAGACCAUGUGGAGCGGCUGCGCGCUGUGCACGGCGCUGUGGUGGGCGGCGACGUCACGGAGCAUUCGCAGGCGUCCCGCUCCGCCUUGUUCAACGCCUUGGUGGAGGUGACGCUGCGGCCGGUGGGGGCUGCGAUUGUUGAGAAGCCGAUCGCCAAGAAGAAGGUACCCCACACGAUGACAGUUGCAGAGCUGAAACGUUUGGCGCAGCUGCUUUUCAAGCAGGUUCCCUUAGAUCGCUUGACGCUGACCUUGGCCGAUGACGGGCUGCCUUUCGGGGUGCCCUUGGAGGAUGAAGCGCGGGAGCUGGGCUUCUUCGGCAUCGGCGACGGGGCAGAGAUUCGCGUGGAUGACCUCGGGGACCUGCCCAGCAAGAAGUGA